CAGAGUAUCGCAAUACUAUGAAUAUGCUUUAAACAUGUAUAGUAGUAGAUUAGUUUAGUUUGACAUGAUCGUAUUUUAAAUUGCACUUUUAUAAAUAUUUAUACUAAUGAAAUUUCUUACAUAAGAGAUCUACAUAUAUAAAUUUAAUAUGAAAAUAAUUUGAUAGAAGAAUAUUUAACAAUAUGUGCGACAAUCGAUGUCAGUUAUUCCACAGAGAGAAUUACAGGAAAGAAGAAUUCUUACGAAUGAAAUGGUUUUUAAAAAAUCAACAAAAACUAAUUGAUAAUUUAGGUAUUACUACAAAGAGUACAGCACGAAUUCAAAUAAAAAGUCUAGAAAAAAAAGCACCGAAAAAAGAUAAUAAGAUUGAGCUAAAAGUUUUGUAUCGAUUGAUCUUUUAUACAAAGAUUAUGUACAUUUGUAUAAUUGUAAUUUACAUUUGUACUUUGCCAUAUUAUUACAGAUAAGUAAAAAAUACAUGCCGACAUGGAAGCCACCUAAUAUCGAUGGUUCUGUGAAUCUCAAUAUAAUGAAACCAAUUGAACCAGAAAUACGUGCUAUUCUUUAUGAAAAAGGAAUUGAAAGUUUUAUUUCCAGAGAUAAUUAUUUUCAUAAAAGAUUACAGAAAUUACCAGAAGAUCGUUUUUAUUUUCCUGAUUGUACGAGUUGGCUUUACGGAUGGCGUCUCAAAGAUUAUAAUUUACCUCCCCCCAGUAAAUUUGCUGCCAAAUCCGUUAUACAGGCUCAAUUUUAUCAGCGGACCGCAUCUUGUCUACAACGAGACCCAGACUGGUAUCAAAAUUGCCAAACAACUAAUCCAAAAAAUUUCAAUGAUUUAUUGACUUAUUGAGUACUAUUAAUUUUAUUCUAAUAUUCAAUAAUUAUCAAUUUUAUUUUUCAACCAGUGCAUUUUGACAAAUAGCAUUACGUCUAUUCAGUUUUUCAUUCAAAGUCUUAUUCAUUUGUUGCAAACAAACAGAUUCCAAAGGUAAUACAAAUUCGGCUUGCUUUGGUACAGUAUUAAAUACAAAAGCUACAAACUUAUGAAAUUCUUGAUUAAUAUUAUCAAAUUUGUUUUUUAACAAUUUAUUAUCGUUUUGAUAUGUUUCAAUAGUUUCUUCGGCUGUACUCAACAUUUUCUUUAAAUUCGAAGUUAGGUUUUGCAAAUUACAAAGUUUCUUCUAAAAAUAAACAAAUAUAUUUAAAUAGAUAAUAGUAUCUUUGCUCGCAAAAUUAAAUAUGUAUCAGUUCGAUGUACCUCAAAGUGAUUUUGUAUUUUCCGUUUUUCUAAAUU